AUGAAGUAUGUUAAAAUGGCUGAUAUUUUUGGAGUAUAAUUGAAAUAAGAAAUACAUUAAGAUGAAAAGCUUUAAAAAUCAGUUUUUGGAGGAGUGUUAUCAAUUAUUGUAACUUCUGUUAGUCUAGGGUACUUUAUUUAUAUAAUGGAUUAAUGGAGGAAUUCUAACAUCCUACCAAAAUCAACAAAUAUCAUAAAGGCUGAAAACUAUUCAUCAAUAUAAUUCACUAAUGAUAACCUAUUCGAAUUCUGUUAUUGGAGGUACUAAGAGGGUGUAAUUGAUCCAUUCAGAACUACUGAUAAUAUUUUAAUGCCAAUAGGAAUGUAUAUUAUUGAUGGCAUUCCCUAAACACCAUUUUCAAUGCUUAGUAACAUAACAACUUUAUCAGCAUAUAAUAGUAAUUUAAUCUAUGUAGAGAACUUGAAUAUUAUAUAAAAUAGCGGAUUUAAUCCUUAAUUAAACUAAACCAAGGAAUUGCUCAUUAUUAUUACAAAAUGCAAUUAAUACCUACUCUCUGUAAAUUAGACAUGUGCUAGCGAUACUGAUAUUGAAAACUUUUUUAUUUAAUAAACUAAUAUGUUGAGCUUUUGGAUAAAUACCAAAUAUUCGAUGUAAGCACAAUAAAUAUAAAUAAUCUUAAAAUAAUAAAAAACCAGAAUCGAUUCAGGAAUCCUAUUUGAAAACUAUGAAGAAAAUGAUUUUGUAUUUGAUGCUCAAUUUUUAAUGACUACAUUAUAGAUCGACUUUUUUAAGAAAAUGAUAAACAUGGAUGCAUAUAUAACAUUUACUAUAAGAUUAGAUCCUUUCUCUUAUGAUACAUAAGUUGUCUAUCCUAAAUUAGGCGAGAUUUUAGCCUAAGUAGGAUCAAUCGUUAGUAUGAUAAUGAUUGUAUAGUAUGUAGCCUAUUUUUACAAUGAAUAUCUAUUAUAAAAUAGCCUUGUAGAAGCUGUUUUAAAAAGUCUUGUUCUAAAUUAUGACUCUCUUAAAAAUUCACAAGAAAAAUCUAAAAAGAUUACAUAUAAUAAUAUACAAAAAUUAGCAAAGUAAAAAUUACUAUUUGUCAACAUAAUAAAUGAACUCUCUAGAAUUGAACUAUUUUUAUUGAGCCUUUAUGACAUUAAAAUUUCAGAUAGCUAAUGAACCGAAGUCGGAAUCAUUUGAAGGAGUAUUCUCUAUGCUAUCUAAUAAAAGUUUAAAUAUAAUAAAUGAGGAAGAAUUUAAAGAUUUGUUCAAUGCAUUUAUAUUUAAUCCAUUAGAAGCAAAGAAAAUCAUGAUUCUAGAAAAUAUUUAAUGACAAUUUCUGAUUACAUUAAAAUAUUUGUGUAAUAUAUUGAAUCAUC